AUGCAUCUGGCUAGUUCAGGAUUGCACUUCCUGUUCGCCAAUCGCCUCGUGUCUGAUAUAGGCAUAACCAACGGCUUCAGUUUGUUACUGGAAACCUCAACUGGUUUUCCUCAGGUUGACAAACUUCUUUGUCCUUGCCUGAUUCGUUCCCGAGGACCCGGAUCUCGACGAAAUUUACUUCGGAGUUCCAGGAUUGGUCCUAUUUGGGAUCAACAGUUUCUUGUUGCUCUGGUCCGGGUAGUGACUCUGACUGUCAGUAAGACCCCGGGCCUUGGUUCCUUCACGGAUCCACUUUCGCUUAAUUUACGGAUAUCAGUCUCCGUUGGUUUAAGCGCGGUCCCUGUGGGUUGUGUAUCACAGGGCCUCAGACCUCGGUUCCAUGUUGGAUCCGAUUUUCGGUUCGAACCAGGUGAACGAGAUCUCCUGGUUCUCACCAGGAUCCUGUCUGACUCCGACAGGACCCCGACCGAUCUGAUGAUCAGUCGCGCGACCGAAGAGCUUUGA